UUUGUUUACCUUAUAAGGAAGGUCAACAUUACCAAGUCGAAAGUGCCUGUUAUCUUCCCCUCGGUUUCAACAAAUCCUUCCCUGAGCCAGAACAGUCGGUGUGAAAGAUGGCUGGGCAUUCAAUCUUGCUGGCCGCUGUCUCAGUCUUGUCCGCUUGUCAACAAAGUUAUUUUGCUUUGCAUGUAGGAAAGGCAAGAUUAAAAUACAAAGUUACAGCUCCAGCAGUCUCUGGGUCACCAGAGUUUGAGAGAAUAUUUCGUGCACAACAAAACUGUGUGGAGUUUUACCCCAUAUUUCUGAUUACAUUGUGGAUGGCUGGAUGGUAUUUCAAUCAAGUUUUUGCUACCUGUCUGGGUCUUGUGUACAUAUAUGCCCGUCACCAGUAUUUCUGGGGAUAUUCAGAAGCAGCUAAAAAAAGGAUCACCGGGUUCCGGCUGAGUCUGGCGAUUCUGGCCUUGCUGACAGUCCUGGGCACCCUGGGGAUUGCAAACAGCUUUCUGGAUGAAUACAUGGACCUCAAUGUCGCCAAGAAACUGAGACGCUUCUAACGUCCCCCCCUCCCUUUGCCCAAAUGCUAGCAGAAGCUGUUUCCACCCUGAAGGUUAUAUGGAGUCAAUCAAUUUUUAAAAACAAAA